AUGGAGUUCGGGGUACACAAGGACGUGCUCUGCGCCAUCUCGAGUAGAUUCCUGGAUGAUAUCGGGGCUGCGGAAUUUGCCAGGGAUGUCGCAGACGCCAUCGACGGGCACGACGCCCCAGCAAACACGCAGGAGAUGAAGCUCCCCACCGUGCACGUGAACGCGCGGGCCGCAGUGCUCGCCCCGUUUCUGCGACUCUGCUACCCGCGAAUGGAGACACCCUCGCUAUACGACCUGCACAUCGUCGCCGAUCUCCUGUGUCUUGCGGAGAAGUAUCACACGGAUGCGGUUACUCGCGAAGUGGAGAGGCUAUGGGAAGUGGAGGCGAAGAUGGACCCAUUCUGUGCGUAUUGCGUCGCCGUCACCCGGGGUCUGCGCGAACGCGCGCAGGAUGCCGCAAAGGAUUCGCUCGACAAGUCGCCAGAUGGGGUGUAUAUUCCGGAAUUAGAAGACACACCUGCUUUGGCGUACCACCGCCUGCUCACCUACCACGCCUCGUGUCGUGCGGCUGCCACAGGACUGCUCGAGCGUAGGUUCCCCAGAGACCCCGAACGUCCCGCCUCUGGAACCCUCACAGCUGGGCCCGCUGUACACACUCCGGCGCCUCCUCCCAGGGCUCCGGAGCCGGCCAGUGCUGGGGGUUCCGACGUGUCCCUUUGUGGACACGAGCACGGAGGAUUCAGGUCCUCUACUAAAAAGCUAUGGUUGUGCAAGUACGUCUCGAAGAUGUGUCUCGAAGCCCGCAGUCAGCCAUACGGCGUCGAACAUAACGUUGCAUCGAUCCUCGAUGGAACUAUCGCCAGCGGGUUUUGGUGCCCCACCUGCAAAAACCGCUCGCGGGACCUAGCGAAGGUCUGUAACAGUCUGCGAGAGAUUUCGGAGCAAGUUUCGACGGCCACACUCGAGAUCUAG